GGUAACUCCAUCGACAGAUAUAAUACAAGCAUGAGGAAAGGGGGAGUAAUCUUGUCGGCGAAGAACCACCACCCCCCCUCGUAAUGCCGAUAUUAAGGACAGCGCUCGCUCGCUUAUGUAAACAACAUUGUUCUCUUUUGUCUUCGAAAUCCCGGGCAAGUGUACAACUUGGAGGUUGUGAGUCUAUCAGAGCUGGUACUGUACAUCUGGUCCUUGGCGCAAAUCCUGCAUGUUCAGCUUGGGAGGCUUUCACAGAUGCUCUUCAUUCUAUCGUGAUCAGCAUGGGACUGCAUUGGUGGCAGACUGCUUAGCACCAGCAGCAAACAGGCUGGCUCUCUGCAUUCGCCUUUGGCACAUCUGUGGCCUCUGUUGUUUUGUGGACCUGCAGCCGCAGAAUUAGACGAGCAAGGUGAGGAGUAAUUGUCAUCUGACACCAUGCUGAGAUCUUCGAGCAAGCACUCGGGGUUUACCGCUAAACUCUUCAAGUCCAAGGUAAAAACCCCCGAGGACCUGGUACAUGCAACCAGCCAUGGUCUGGCGCAGCUGCAAGCAAGGGGGGCCGACCCCAAGGUGCUGGAGGAGCUGGAGGAACACCUGGAGCGUAUGAAGGUGAUCCUGUAUGGAGAGGGAGAAGCUGAACCCGACGUGGCGGCCAGCGGGGCCCUCACAGUUGCUGCUACCCAGGAGGACUUCCUUCGGCUCCUCCUCAGCAGCUUUCCGCACUUCAGCUUCGAGGGUCGCAAGGAUGUGGGCAUGAUUGUGACCAACCUGUUACGGCAGCAGGUGGGCCAGAACCGCUUCCUUGUUGCGGAGUAUCUGGAGGGAAACCGCGACCUCAUCGACCUGGUCAUUGUUGGGUGUUCUUCGUCGACCAUUGACGUUGCCCUCACUUGGGGCUCAAUCAUACGUGAGAUUGCGCGCCACCAAAGCCUGGCUCGAUACAUCCUGGCUUCCCCGGCUUUUUUCCAGCUCUUCACGUACAUCGAGCUGCCUGCCUUUGAAAUCGCCUCCGAUGCCUUUGCCACCCUCAAGGAGCUCCUCACGCGGCACAGGUCACUGGUGGUCGACUUUCUCGCUGCCAAUUACGCUGUGUUCUGGGAGCACUACGACAGCCUCCUGGCCUCUCCCAACUACCUCACGCGCCGCCAAUCCGUCAAGCUGCUGGGCGAGCUGCUGGCCGACAAGGCCCUCAUGCCAGUACUGCAGCCCUACUUGGACGACCCCGCCAACCUCAAGCUUGUCAUGACCCUACUCAAGGACCCCAACAAGUCCAUUCAGCUGGAAGCUUUCCAGGUCUUUAAGGUGUUCGUGGCCAACCCGGAAAAGGCGGCGGCUAUCAUGGACAUCUUGGCAUCCAACCAAGCGAAGCUGCUAAAGUUCCUCGAAACCCUCAAGCCUGACAAAGAUGAUCAGCAAUUGACGGAGGACAAGAAUCAGGUACGAAAAGAGAUCGAAGCGCUGCAGCCACGCACAUCUCGAAGAGGGUCCCAAGAGAGUCUGGGUGGCAGCCGACGAGAGUCGAUGGGUGACAUGGCCCCGGGCAGCAGUAGGCGAGGCAGCUCAGAACAGGUAGUCUCAGAGGAGCAGCACGAAAGGCUAGCCUCAGAGCUGGAUAGGGUACAGGUAAGAGAGGGAUAGAUUCUUGGAAUAUCCUGUUGCGCUGUAAUAGCAUGUACAUGUUGUGAUGCCAUGCAUGUACGUGCGUACCAUGUUGUACCAUCACCGACACUCCUCUCCCCCGGAUCUAACGCGACU